GCCAUCCAUCCUCCCAUCCAUCCAGAACUCUGCCCUUGAAUUUAGCGCUUACGGCUUUCAGCAAUUUUUCGCGUGUUUUCAAGCAUGAAGAUCAGUGCAACCGAGCUCGUCACGAACGCCGUCGACUUGGACCCGUACCGGACCCUGUCCGUGAAAGGGACCAUCAAGGCGGUCGCGUUCUGUCCCUGCAAGUGGAACUCUUCUCUCCUGGCUGUCGGAACGGCGUCGUCCGUGACUGUUUUCAACGUCAAGUUGCCGGAUGAAGACCAUGAGCUGAAAACAGUUGAUGCGAGCAUCCUGCGCACGUUUAACCACGAUGCCCCCAUCCAGUGCAUUGCUUGGAGCCCCAACAUGUCCCUCGUGUUGCAACCCGUCUGGAUUAGAUUCGCCACGGCUAGCCUGGACAAUGACGUGCGACUCUUCUACUCUGACCUGAAAGAAGACGAAGUCAAGAUUCUCUCUGGCCACCAAGGUCCAGUGAACGCCGUGGCCUUUGAGCCGCAGUCAGGCGAGGCCCUAGCUAGUGUCGGAGACGACAACACCUGCCGCAUCUGGGGUCUGGACGGCACGCAGCAGGCGCGCAUUGCCCUGCGGUCAGCUGGCACCGCAGUUGUCUGGCAUCCAGAUGAGCUGGGAAAGCUCCUGGUGGCCGAGAAGCGGGGCACGCUGCGGCUGUACAAUGCCAUGACGGGGCAGGCCCUCAUGUCCAUGGAGGUGGGGCAGCCGGGCUGCGUUCUGGCCGCCGCCUGGUCCCCCGGCAACAGCCAACUGCUGGGUGCGGUGGCUGGGAACAACUGCUACCUGUGGGAGACGUCGCGAUCCAGCCGACCCCUGGACCACAAGUCGUUGCACAGCGCUUGUGUCAGCGAGCUGGCCUUCUCGUGCAUCCAGGACGAAGUGUGCGCCAGCCGAGGGCAUCCUGGCAACGCGGUGAAGGUGCACAACUUGAAGACGAGCCAGGUCCUCCUAGACAUAACGCUCAACGUUGGAGGCGGCAUUUCGUGGCAUCACAACUAUCCGGUGUUGGCCUUUGGCGGCGACGGCAGAGUGCACCUCCUCAGGGUCAUCUCCUGCUAGUGACCUUUCCCUCUUGGUCACAAGGGGGAGCCAGCACAGUUCCCGCCCUUGCCUCCUCUUGUACAUAGACUCAUGUUCUUGUUCUCUGGUCGAUAUCAUAAAGCAAACGUCUACCUUCUCA